UUUCUCGGCGGUGCCGCAAUGCUAUGUAGAGGGGACCUGAAGUGUUGGUGUUUCAGCGGGUGGUUCGGAUAGGAUGUGUUUGUUGCAGAGACUACGAAGUGUUUCUCUCUAAAAUGUAAAUAAUCGUGAAUGAUUAGUGCUGUAAUCACCAAAAAUUGCCCUCAUUUAAGAUGGAAGUGAGCGGUACGCCGUCGAUUACCAAGGCCUUAUGUUUCAUUUGAUUUGGCCUCAGCCCGUUUGUCUUUAGAUCCACCGUUUGUUUAGUUAUGAAGCAAAUAGUUAUAUCAUUAGUAUACGCUAAAUUAUUUAGUAAAUGUGAGUGUGCUGUCGGUGAUAAAGUGUUAGCUGUCUCGCAACCUGAAACUAAGAUUAUCACUUUCACCUAAUGUUUUUAUUGCUGAGAGACCUAAAGCCAUAGAAAAAGUGAAAUCUUCUAACAUUGGGUGUACCAUAACUGAACAUAAUGGAGAAAAUCUGUCGGCUGUGCAUGAGCAGAGCUGAAGAUUUGAUUUCCAUCUUCGAAACCACUGACGAAUUUGACCGUACCGUUGCAAAUAAAAUAUCAGCAUGCGUUGCCAUAGAGGCUAUGGAAGGUGAUGGAUUGCCAUCUGAAAUUUGUAAGGAAUGUGCCUCGCUCUUGGAUGUUAUGUAUAACUUCAAGGAAAAAUGUCGGGCAUCAGACUGGACACUUCGAAAGCUGAAAGCUAGAGCGACACAUCAUCGUCAAUUUGUGGGCCCUGUAUACAAGUUGAUGAAUGAAACAAAUCCUGAUGUAAAUCUUGAUGCAAGGCUGGCCAAGAAUCUGAUUGGAUAUCACAAUGCUGCUCCUGCUGAGGGGCCUGAAACUUUCUUGGUGCAAAAGGGGCCUGAGGUGAUAGCUAUCACAGUCAUUGAUCCUAAUGCACCUGGGGAUUGUACAAAAUCGAAUACAUCUGGUGGUUGGACUGACCCAAUGAAACCGCAUGAUAUGCAGUCUUCAGUGGAUGGCAGAUCUCUUUAUGGGGGAACUCCUGGCAGUUCUUCACCAGAUCUCGCCGAGGGAGCUCCAAUAUUAUUUGUCAAUGAAGGUAUCGACUCCGAUGGACAGUUGGUAACAGAAUUUGAACCAGUAAGUGCAUUCCACCCUGAAGCUCUUCGGCGCAGACUCGAAAGAGAUCUUCCAAAAAGUGAAAAUGAUAUGCAACCGGCCUCAAAAAGUGAAACUGAUACGCAACCGGCUUCAGAAAGUGAAACUGAUAUGCAGUCAGCUGCAGAGCAAAGAUCAGAGCAAAGAAAUUCUGCAGUUCACAUGUGCCGAGAAUGUAAGGAACCAUUUGGAACUGAAGAAGAAAUGAUUAAUCAUCUAAAGACUCAUUAUAGUUGUAUAGAUUGUGGUCAGACUUUUACAGAGGUUGACGAGUUGACCGAACAUUGCAAAAUGUUAUGUGCAGCAGAACCUUGGAGUUGCAAAACAUGUGGAAUGACAUUUAGCAGUAAAGACAAACUUCAUAGUCAUUUACAAGUCCACACAGAGAAACCAUAUAUCUGUGACGAGUGUCCAUCAUCAUUUUCAAGAAAGGAUGUUCUUGCAAGACAUAAAGCUAUUCAUUCUGGGCGCCAGUUUAUUCAUGUUUGUGAUGAGUGUUCUAGAGUAUUUACGCGUGAAGAGGACAUAAAUUUGCACAAGCUAACCCAUUCAUUUUGUAAAGAUUGUGGCGUUCAGUUUGCAUCGAGUCAGGAAUUGUCAGCGCACAAAUUGUCGUGCCCAAAUGUUAAACCUUGGCCUUGUGACUUAUGUGAUAAAUCAUUUGUUUCAAAAGACAGACUUAAUCGACACUUAAAAAUACAUUCUUCUGAUAAACCGUAUGUAUGCGAAAUUUGUUCAGCUGCAUUUAAUAGGAGAGAUAAACUGACAAGACAUAAAACAACACACAGUGGUGACAGACCUUAUCAGUGUGAAUAUUGUGAUCUUAGCUUCACCCGAAGAGACAAACUUGGAAGACAUAUGACCACUCACUUUAAAUCUCAAGUUAAUAAUGAGGAAAACUUCAGUUAGGGGGUAGAAAUUUAUUUUCAUGAGUUUUUUUCAGCUGAAUAUUUUCAAAACAUUGUGACAGCUGCAAUUUUCAAACAUGUUUCAUCAUUAUCUCAAAUUUAAAUUGUAUUCUGAUUUUAUUUAUUUAUUAUUUUUCAUUAAUUUGUUCAUUUCAUCCUCCUUCGGUGUUACACAUGAGCAUCAUUUAGAAAUGCCCUUGACAUAAGAUAUGUAUUUAUAAUUUGUCAUUAAUCGUACAGGCAGUUUUGCCUUAGAAACUGAAUUAUUGGGCAUAUAAUGCUGUAUGCUUUUCUGCAAUUUUCCCUCUUGAACGUAUGCCUCCACCAAUUUUUGGCUUGAAUUGAUCGUGUAUGGAACAUACAAGUUUGUGAAUUAAUAUUCAAAAAAGUUUUCGUUAGCCCUUACUUUAGGAGGGUAAAAACUUUCAAGCUUUUACAUGGAAGGUACGGCGACUCCCUUGUUGAACUGUCUGUAAUAACAUUAACCCCUAAACUUUCUUUCUACUGUAGCUGAACAAACAAAGCACUGUUGUGAUCAUGACAAAUAAGUUAGAGUAGUCAACAUUUUCGGUAGCAGUGAGUCCAGUGGCUUUAUGUCUCUGCUGUGUGACAGUAGACUAAAAAUUACUCAUAUUUGAGUGAAAGCAUUCUAGAAGCACUGAGAUGGCUACCAACAAGGCACUUGACAUUUCAUGGAGAACGGGGCACACAUGCUGCAUUUAAUAAAGAAGUUUUCUAGAAAUAAUGGAUUUUCUAUUUUAUUUAGAUGGCAUUCGUAUUUUGAGUCCAGGUGUUUAUACAGAGAUAGGGACUAAAAAAUGAACCCCCAGAUUAUUUCAGGAAAUGCAUUAUUAUUUUAGUUGUCAGUUCCUAAAAACUAGUGUUUCUGUCUUUCUUACAGUGAAAAUAUUUUUUCAGUUGUGUUAGUGUGUAGAUAUGACAGAAAAAAUCACUCCAAAACUAAUACACGUAGGAAGAAAGCAAAGCAAAGUCAAGUCAUAGAACAUGAAUGACUGGGAGACCCUGAAGAAAAGAUGCAGGCACCUUUCUUACAUGAAGUAUAAGAGCUGUCUGUGUAAGUGUAGAUGUUUAGUGUAGGUGACUGGAGUGAGUGAGCAAGUGUGUGUGUGUGUGUGUGUGUAUGUGUGUGUGUGUGUGUGUGUAGAGAGAGAGAGAGAGAGAGAGAGAGAGAGAGAGAGAGAGAGAGAGAGAAGGUGAUGAGAGAAGGAAGAGGGUGAAACCCGGAGCUGGCACGUAGCCUACUCCUCUCGAAGAGCACCAAGAGGCCCACCGAGCUUAACGACCCCAUCCGAUGGACAGAUCACCAUCAACAGUGUUGCAUGCUCUCACUUCAUGAGACAUUGAGGAGAGGUUCGGAAUUCAAUCCAGACCAUUGGCACAAAGAUUAUUGACAAGGGACCUUACACCUCUACCCCUCCUAUUGCCUCUGCUGCAAAGGCAAAUGAAAAUUUUCAAUAGUGCGCAACAUACCCAGAUGGUCAUCCAUCUAAGUACUGGCCAUGCCUGAUGGUGCUUAACUUCAGUGAUCUGAUGGGAAGAAUGUGUAUUAUAGAAGUUUUACAGAUGAGUGCCAACAUACAAUGUAAUUACUGGAUAUCUUGACAACAGAGUCAGUAUAAAAGAGGAAUGGUAAUGCUUUGAAGAAUCUUCAUUUUUUUAAGUUAAUGUAAGUACUUUUCUUUCUUGUAUUUUGAAGUUACUAUGUUCAUAUUGAAUCGGACUGAGUAUAGUGUCACCUUAAUUUUCACAUGCUGUGGCAUGUGAAUCAUUUCUGCUUCAUUAUAACAAAAACAAAGAAAAACUGCUACUUCUGGAAAGCAUGUCAUUUAUUUAUUCAUCCAGGGAUCAUCUUAAAAUGGUAGAGGAUUUGUCAAAAUACAAUGAAAAUAGGAACCUCAAAAAAUAUAGAUACACAUAGAAUAUAUAAGUACGCUUUGAGGAUAGGACAUGUGGUUGGCCAUGGCCUUGAUGAAUGAACCAUCCCAGCAUUUGCCUGAAAUGGUUUAGGAGAACCUAAAUCAGAAUGGCUGGAAAGAUGACUUCGGGAGCACGAACAUCCUGCUACGCCCCUUGCACUUCGUUCAAUCCAUCCGGAAAACUGAUUCCAGGACCACAGACAUGCUACCAUAUGUCAUGCACGUCUACAUGUCAUCCCUUCAGUUUGCAUAGAAAAGUGAUCCAGCAUACCAUUUUAAGCAAUUCCCCAUAAUUGAGUCGGCAAGUAACAUUGUGUGGCAUGAAAUAUUUAAAAUUAUGUUGGUUGCUUCUUUGUAUGGUAUUUUGUCUCUUUGAAGCUGUAACCAAGAGGAAAGUCAUACAGUUGAUCUAAGAUGAAUUUUCCUACAUGCUUGCCGACAGUGAAACACAGACAGGCUGUUAAGACAUCAUGUUUAUUCUAGAGUUGAUGUCUUUUCAGCCAAAUCCUGUUGAUCUGGUGAAGGGGUAUUCUCAAAUGGGAAUAUUUUAGGGAUUACCAAUUGUGAUAUUUUCCUUACUAACAAUGGAAAUAUCUCAAACAUUAGUUGGAACUUGGGAAUUGGAACCAUUUUUAUUUUGUUUCUGGGACCCUAUAGCCCAACCAAAAAUAGGCCUUUUGUGUGCGUGUGUGCGUGUGUGUGUGUGUGUCAGUAAGUACGUGUAACAGAGUAAAGUUGACGACUUGUUCCACAACUGUGUCGGGAUACCCAGCCAUCGACUAAUAACUGGUGCAUCCGAGAGAGAUCUGUGUUAGUUUUGUUUCCUAUUUAUGAAUAAAUCUAUUAGUCACCAUCCUCUUUCUUAUUUCUGAUCACAUUUUCUGUCUGGUACAAGCACAUUCAAAAUGGUACAGCAUAAGAAAUUGUUUGGAAGUGAUUGAAUUGGAUUUGUAGUAAACCAUGUGCCUUGUUCAGUACAUGAUAAAUAAGUCUUGAGGUCUUGCUAAUCCAUGUGAGGCACCCCACCUUAAAAUUAACAGAAACCAUAAAAAUUAAUUAACCCCUUGCUAGAAUAAUUAACACAUCUGAUGCUAGAGACAGUGAAAAUAUAAAUGUGAAAUAAGUGUUGUAUAGUAGAAAUCAAGUUAAGAGGAAUGAAUUGGGGGCUACCCAUCUAAUAUUAAAAAUUAAAUGUAUAUUUAUGUACAAUGUAUGUAUCGUGUAAAUAGUAGCUGUAUAAACCCUUUGUUUUUCUGAGAACUGUGUGCUAUGUGGGGCUGUAAUGUGUUAGUAAGCAAAACUGAAUGUAUUAAUUGUGAUCAAUGCGUACUAGAUGUAUUAAUUUUGAUUUUAAUUGUCUGCAGUUAUUAUUUAGAUUCUAAGUUUUUGUGUUGCAGUAGCUACAUUUUAAAAAGGCAGCUGACUGAUUUUUUUGUGAUGUUGAAAUAUUUUCUGUUUGUUGGUGUACUUCUAUGUAUUAGUUAGAUCGUGAUAAAGAUUAUGUACAUUUUCA